GUGCGCGUCCUCUCGCGUCCUCGUCGUAGACAAUUCCACAAAAAACCGGAUCGCAUCCACACACACACAUGCCUUCAAACACCUCACCACCGACAUACGCACUCAACACCCUCCCAAACCAACCCCGCUAUACACAUCUCACAUCAGCAUUUACAUCCCAAUAUGGCUCCCCACCCGAAUUCUACGUACGAGCACCGGGUCGAGUGAAUCUCAUUGGUGAGCAUGUGGAUUACGCGGGGUUUGGGGUAUUACCCAUGGCGAUUGAACGGGAUGUUAUUGUUGCUGUUGGGCGUGUACCCAAAAAGGGCGUCCAAAAUCUUGCAUUGACAUGUUCGAAUACGGAUCCGCGGUACCCACAUGUUGAAUACAACAUGACGGAUUCAGGAGCGAUUGUAGAGAAAAAUGGACAUGACUGGAGUACGUAUUUUGUGUGCGGGUACAAGGGCGCAUAUCAAAAAGCGGGUUUAAAGAAUCCUAUUGGAUUGAAUAUCAUGGUGACCGGAAAUGUGCCACCGAGUGCAGGUGUGUCGUCCUCAUCGGCCCUUGUCGUUUCCGCGGUAUUGACAACACUAUAUGCACAUGGGGUGGAAUUGAGUAAAAAGGAUGUAACAAUGGCGGCGAUAGAGGGGGAACGGUAUGCGGGUGUCCAAUGUGGGGGAAUGGAUCAAGCGAUUUCAGUGAUGGCAGAGCAUGGGCCUUGUUUGAUUCAUUUUUAUCCUACGUUGCGGGUUGAAGCAGUUGUAUUUGGUCUUGUUCAGGAUCCGCCUGUAUUUGUGAUUGCGAAUACGUUGGUGGUGUCUGAUAAGGCUCUGACAGCGCCGACGCAUUAUAAUCUCCGGGUGGUGGAGACGCGGUUGGCUGCAGCCGUGUUGAGUCGGUUUGUGGGUGCAAAACGAGAGGGCAUGACGUUGCGAGAGGUGCAGGAACUGGUGUUUGGUGAUCUACAAGGGCGAGAAGACGUGGGACUUACGGAGAUGAUCGAGAUGGUGGACAAGGCAUUGAAAAAGGAACCAUGGACGCGAGAGGACGUUGCAAAGGCAUUGGACAUGUCCGUACAAGAUUUGGAGAAAAAGUAUAUAGGCUCGAUUGUGAUCCAUGCAGCGACAUUUGAGCUUUACAAACGCGCCAAACAUGUGUAUAGCGAAGCGCUGCGUGUGUUCCAAUUUCGCGAUACUUGUACCCAAUCUCCACCCUCGCUUCAAAAGUUGGGUGCCCUCAUGAAUGCCUCUCAAGCGUCAUGUCGGGAUCUGUAUGACUGCAGUUGCCCUGAAUUGGAUGAAUUAACGGCUUUGGCGCUCCGAGCGGGUGCGUACGGGUCGAGACUAACGGGAGCGGGAUGGGGUGGGUGCACGGUGUCGCUGGUUCCCGAGACGGGUGUGAGUGAAUUUAUAAAUGUGUUGAAGCAAGAGUAUUACUAUAAAAGAUGGCCCGAGUGGAGAGGAGAUCCGGAUGCGGACGAGAAUCUGGGGGAUGUGGUUUUUGCGAGCAAGCCAGGGAGUGGUGCUGCCAUUGUCAUCCCAUAAGAAAGUGUCGUAUCAUUAUAAACCAUGACCUUGCCC